AUGGCUACGUCGAACCUCUUCAAGCCAAUUCCGCUCGGAAAAGGCGUGCUCCAGCACAAAGUAGUCCUUUCGCCCAUGACACGCUUUCGUGCGGACGACAACGGAGUACCACUUCCUUUCGUCAAGACCUACUACGCUCAGCGAGCGUGUCUUCCUGGAACCUUGCUUAUUACGGAAGCUGUGGCCAUUUGUCCGCGGGCCAAAGGCUUUCCCAAUGUGCCUGGCAUCUGGAGCCCCGGGCAGAUUGCAAGUUGGAAAGAGGUUGUCGAUGCAGUACAUUCGAAAGGGUCCUACAUAUGGCUCCAGCUCUGGGCGACUGGACGAGCAGCGGACCUGGACACCCUGAAAGCGAACGGAAUUGAACUCGUCUCAAGCAGCGCCGUUGCCGUCGGCCCCGACGAGCCGGCGCCGCGAGCUCUCAGCGAGGACGAGAUCGCGUCGUACAUUGCCGAUUAUGUCCAAGGGGCUAAAAACGCAGUCUUUGGCGCGGGCUUCGACGGGGUCGAGAUACACGGUGCAAAUGGGUUUCUCAUUGAUCAGUUUCUCCAAUCUUCUUGUAAUCAACGCACGGAUCGCUGGGGCGGCAACAUUGAAAAUCGCUCGAGGUUUGGCCUCGAGAUCACGGAGCAAGUCAUCGAUGCCGUCGGCAAGGACCGCGUCGGCAUGAAGCUUUCCACAUGGAGCACUUUCCAGGGAAUGGGCACAAUGGAAGAUCUGGUUCCUCAGUUCGAGCACUUCAUCACACACCUUGCCCAGAUGGACAUUGCCUAUCUCCACCUUGCCAACUCCCGCUGGGUUGAGGAAGAGGACCCUACCAUCAGGACGCACCCGGAUGUCCAUAAUGAAACGUUUGUCCGCCUGUGGGGGGAGAAGAGGCCGGUCUUGCUUGCAGGAGGCUACGACGCCGAGUCGGCCCAGCGCGUCGUGGACGAGACCUACUCCAAGCAGAAUAACAUCAUGGUGGUUUUUGGACGCCACUACAUCUCCAACCCAGAUCUGCCGUUCCGGUUGAAGAUGGGUCUCGACCUUGAGAAGUAUAACAGGGACACGUUUUAUAUUCCCUUCUCGGACGAGGGAUACCUGGACUAUCCGUACAGUGAGGAGUAUGUGGCCCAGGAGGAAGGGAUCAUGGCAUGA